AUGGGUCGUGUGAUUAGGGCACAGCGUAAAGGUGCGGCUGGUUCCGUUUUCAAGUCCCACACCCACCACCGCAAGGGUCCAGCUAAGUUCCGGAGCCUCGAUUACGGAGAGCGAAACGGUUACCUCAAAGGAUUGGUGACCGAAAUCAUCCACGACCCAGGCCGUGGUGCUCCUCUCGCUCGUGUCGCGUUCCGUCAUCCUUUCCGCUACAUGAAGCAGAAGGAACUGUUCGUAGCCGCCGAAGGUAUGUACACCGGACAAUACCUCUACUGUGGUAAGAAGGCUAAUCUUAUGGUCGGUAACGUUCUUCCCCUUGGAUCAAUCCCUGAGGGAGCUGUUAUCUGUAACGUUGAGCUCCAUGUCGGUGACCGUGGUGCUCUCGCUAGGGCUUCUGGUGAUUACGCCAUCGUAAUUGCUCACAAUCCUGAAAGCAACACCACUAGGGUUAAGCUUCCUUCUGGAUCGAAGAAGAUUUUGCCAAGUGCGUGCAGAGCCAUGAUUGGGCAAGUUGCAGGUGGAGGAAGAACAGAGAAGCCACUUCUCAAGGCUGGAAAUGCAUACCACAAGUACAAAGCGAAGAGGAACUGUUGGCCUGUUGUACGUGGUGUUGCGAUGAACCCAGUGGAACAUCCCCACGGAGGAGGAAACCACCAGCACAUUGGUCACGCCAGUACGGUCAGGCGUGAUAAAUCUGCUGGUGCUAAGGUUGGUCAAAUUGCUGCAAGGAGAACUGGUCGUCGUAGAGGUGCAGCUGCCACAUUAGCAGCCAAGGCAGACUACUAGACUUGAGACACACUCUUCUCUGCUUUCUUGAUUUUAAUUUCUUAUUUCUGUUAACACCCCAUUGUAGCCUUUUACUUUAGUUAUAAC